CAACUUUAGGGGUAGAAAAGGAAUCAUAUCUCUGGCAGGCAGCGCCAGCCAGCUAACGAAAUUGCAGAUUUGCAGUGCUUCGUUCUGUUAGUGUACGUACUAAUCCAAAAGCCACUCAGCCAAAUGAUCCGGAGCUAAAAAGCCAUCUCGUUUCUUUCAACCCUAAGCAUUCUAUUUCUCUCUAAUGUCAUAAUGUUAAAGUGAUUCCUUUCUCUUGCUCCUCAAACUCAAUAUGGAUGGACAAAAUGGUUACCCGAAUGCUCUUGAGUUGAUGAUGAUGAUGAAUAUUGGAUGGAAUGUUAAUGAUGUAUCUUAUGUACCUGAUGAACCUGAAGAUGAUAGUAAUCAGCACUUUAUUACAUUAGAUGGAGGAGGACAAAACCCUCUGCCUCUACCUCUUUUGUUUGGAAGCCAGAGAACACCAUUGAAUUAUUAUGAAUUUCUAACGGAAAAUUCAUCAAAAGCUCCUGAUCGUCAUGUAUUAGAGAGCAUUCCUUCACCAGUUGGUGACUCGCAUUUCAUUCAAGGCACGACUGAAAUCCAAAAAGAAUUAUUUUACAAUUCAGGAAUGCCUUCUAGUUCUAAUCCUAAACAUGCUGGCCCUUCUCUUGAUAUGGAUUCUUGGAAAUUGAGUUCAUAUCCUUACAUGUUCAGCAUGGAUAACCAUGAAUCUUCACUCAAUGUGAGAUAUAAUGAGGAGGACUCAAGGAACCAAUUGGAAAAUUUACAAGACCAGAACCAAGCCCAGAGUCAUAUUGUAUGGACACAAGAACCACCAAGUGAAGUAGUUGCUAAUGUUUCGCAAAGUCAGCCAAGAGCAAAAGUUUCUCCAUCUGUUUUUCUAUCCAAUCCAGGUUCCAAUCCGUCCAGACAAAGAGCUAUUUCAAGUGAUCGUCGACGCAGAGAACGAAUUGCUGAAAGACUCAAAGCACUGCAAGAACUGCUUCCACAUUCUGUCGAGGGAAGCCAAAUAGUCGUGAUGGAUGAAAUUAUCGACUAUGUCAAGUACCUGCAGCUUCAGAUGAAGGAAUUAAGUCGGAGCAGAUUGGAAGGUCACUUGUGUUCUGGCCCCGCCCAUUUCCUUGAGGGAUAUCAUCCUUAUAUUCUUCAUCAGCAGACAAUGAAUGAACCUCUUGAAGAGACAAUGGCGAAGUUGCUGAAAGUGAAUUCAUCUGCUGCAACAAAAUUUUUGGAGAGCAAGGGCCUUUUUGUGAUGCCCAUGGCUUUGGCUGACAGGUUAAAACAAGCUAUAUAGAAGUUCUACUGACCCUUCUCUGCCUUUACCAUAGUUCUUGCUGGUUAAAUACUUAAAUAGUAGCCUUUUCAAUGUCUUGUUCAUUCAGAAAAUAUGUGAAUCUGGAAACAUCAGUUCUAACAAAUUCUGGUUUAUCUUCAAUUGGGAGCAUUUUGUUUUGUGCUUA